UGGAAUCAACAAAAUGUCGUCGGAGAAGUUUGAGUCGCUGGAAGAAGAUUUAAUAUCGAUAAUCGACGAACUGAAAGUUAAAAUCGAUCGUAAAAUUCCACAUUAUGUUGGAGAAGAAAAGAAAAGUGCAAUACGGCAGUGUGAGCGAAAUUUGGAAGAAGCUUCCAUCAUUAUCCAGGAUAUGGAAAGUGAAGCAAAGUUGGCACCAAUAAACUACAGAACGCAGAUGCUUGGCAAAAUCCGCAUCUUUCGAGGAGAUUUAGAACAGAUGACCAGAAGUUUGAAAAAGGAUUCAUUGAUAGGAACUCGUGGCUCAGACAAUUAUGGUUUUGAUAGGGAUGAUAGAAUGGAAGCAUCACAGAGAGCAAAGUUACUACAAGGCCAUCAGUCCUUACAGAGAGCAUCAGAAAGCAUUGCUCGGUCACAGCAAAUAUCAGCAGAAACUGAUCAGAUUGGAGUGGAAGUUAUUGAUAAUCUUGGACAACAGCGAGAGUCUCUGGUUCGAACCAGGGAGAGGUUAUCCGACACUGAUGCUAAUCUAGGGAGAAGUAGAAAAAUAUUAAAAGGAAUGGCAAGGAGGGUGAUGACCAAUAAGAUGGUUCUAGCUGUGAUCAUACUGUUUGAGUUGGCUACUCUAGGAGGACUCGUUUAUUGGAAAUUCUUCAGUUAGGAAAAAUAAAAAGUGUUUCUUUGACGAUAACCCAGGACACAUAGAUGGAUGGUGUUGAAGCCAACUGACAUUAUCCAUCAUCACUGGACCAACCGUCUACUGGUUAAUCAUGUCGGUUAUUACACCACUGACAAGCUUUGUUGCAGUCUUUAUGAGUGCACAUCAUGUGUCGCAUGACCAACAGAUGACUCAUGAUACAAUUGUUUUGGGCAUUGUGUGCAAGAUCUCUGUUUCAUUCAAGCUGGUUGUUCGGUUAUUCAUAUAAUCCAGUGCUUUCGUUACUAUUAGACAGAACUGGUCAUUUGAUUGAUCACAAGCUAGAGAUUUUCAAAGCUAUCUUGGUGCUACAAAAUUGUAAAAUUGUGGUAAGCUAUCUUAAACAUGACUAAUGGCAUAGUGACGCCAUUGCCUAUGAUGGGAUAUCGUAGUGUUAAGAUAGCUUUGGUAAUCUGGGUUCUGAAUUUUAAGUAAUAUUUCACCAUGCAUCAGACCCAGAGAUAUGUUCAUAAAAAUUUAUUUGUAGGGGCAUAGCACAGAAUUCAGUUUAAUAUAAAACAUACACAUUUCAAUGAUGUAUAAUGAUAUUUAACAAAACGUUUAUAUAAAGAAUGUAGUGUUUUGUAUGUGCUAAUUUAGUGAGAGAUGCAAUAUGGAAUACCAGAACCUAUGACCAAGUUCCCUUUAAGACUGAAGUUUUGGUAGAAAAUUAAUUUCUUUUUUUAAGGACAUGGGUGCUAAUUUUCAUUUCUUGGUUAUGCCUUUUGAAAUCUUAUGCCGAACUAUGUAUAAUAAUUUAGUUUUAUGAUCUUUUAAAUCCGUUUUUAUAUGUAAACAUUUUCGUAUAAAGAGCAGUUCAGUUUUGUUUGCCAUUUUACUUUUCCAUUUGUGAUACUUCAUUGUGAAUGCAUUUGUAUCUUUCAACUCCCAAUUUUAUCGAGAAUUACAUGUGGGUGGAUCAAACUUUAUCAUAAAGAUUGCUUUCUUUGAAGGUACUUGUGUAAUAUUCACUUACAACUUUUAACUUCUGUAAUAGCAACAUCAAAACAUUCUGUUGAUGAUUACAUUUUUUAGGGUACCGACAUUUAAUUUAAAAUAUUUCUGAAAGUUGCGAGUUAAGAAUGUAGAUAUAAUCGGCUGUAGUUAAGCUGCUUGAAAUGAUGUUGUUGGGGUGCUGAUUAUAGCAAUUUGAAGUCCAGACUCAAGCCUUUACCAUAGUGUCCACAUGUAACCAUAUGAUAUUUUGUAUGGGUAAGACUUGAUUCAUUUCAUGAGCACCUGACCAGAUAAUAUUUAACGGAUCUUUUUAUGAGUUUUCCAGUAUGCAGUGAUUUGUGCAUUAUUACGGGUAUAAAUGCAUGCAAAUUAUGAAAAACUCAAAGAAUUAUGAAAUUCCAGUUGCUCAAAUACUUUGAGAAUCAUGUGAAAUGUGAAAAACGUUUUACAAUAAGUAUAAAAAUAUUUCUGUUCAGGUCAUUGUCAUAAUAUAUUAGCAUUUGGCAUCUAGGAAAAGUGCAUAUAAAAUAGUCCUUGCUGCUAGUGCUAAUCUGGAGUAACCUCUGUGGUAUUAGCAGGCUUCUCUCAUUACCUAGGCCAUUUUAAUUCACCCAGUGGUCCCUGAUUAAGUAUUGUCUUCAUAAUCUAAUUAUUUUACUGUUCAUAAACUAAAGUGUUGGGCAGUUACUAAUCAUUUCAUUGAACAUCAAACUGUUAAUGUUGUUUUUGUAUAUUUUGUACAUUAUAUUUAUCAUGUAUUAAACUAUUUUUUAUACAGUAAAAA